CAUUGUGCCGUAUAUGCGAGCCAAUUGCUUUCAUGUCAAUCUUUCCUUAUGUCUAUUACAUGAUCUCCUCUUUCCACAUCACCAACGACGAGAAACAAAUCGCUCUGUAUGCUGGCAUGGUCACAUCCGCCUUUGCCUUUGCCGAAUUCUCGACAGGAGUUAUGUGGGGUAGGUUGAGUGACAAGGUUGGACGCAAACCUAUCCUCCNNCUGACGGGAUUGGCGGGCACUGGUAUCAGUAUGAUUGUGUUUGGGUUCUCUCCCAACUUGACCACGGCUCUUAUUGCUCGUGCUUUGGGAGGUCUUCUCAACGGUGUCAGAUCAAUCGUCGGCUCCGGCUUAGGAGGAACUCUCGCAGAGCCCGUGCGCAACUACCCUGGUUAUUUCGAGCGCGGUUCGUUAUUUGACAGGUUCCCGUACCUGCUUCCGAACUUGGUUUGCGCAGGAGUUGUCAUCUUCGGAAUGAUGGUCGGCAUUCUUUUCCUCGAAGAGACUCACGAAGAUCUUAAGGACCGUAGAGACUAUGGUCUCGACAUUGGUGACUGGGUUCUGGACUUCUUUCGACCAAAUCAGCUCCAUGAAAAGGCUGGCGAGACACUGGCUCUGUUCGAAGAUGCUGCUCCUGACUAUUCAUCGAGCCAAUCAUCUCCAGUUGUGAACCCAAUUCUGGUUGGAGAGCUGCCUAAUGAAGCUCAGCCUGUAUUGUCCCAGCCUACAUGCUCCCGUCGUCGUGAUGCGGCUGUCUCAAAAGCUUUCACGUGGCAGGUUUGUCUCAAUAUCGUUGGAUACGGUAUCCUUGCGUAUCACACCAUCUCCGCCGAGCAACUUCUCCCUGUGCUAUUCAGUUUGCCCGAGUCUCAAGAAGCGCCCCACCUGCCUUUCCAGUUCUCUGGUGGCUUUGCCCUCCCGACAAAGGUCAUUGGCUUUAUUCUCUCUGCUCAAGGGUUUAUCCAGAUGUUUGCCACGCUGUUCGUGUUCCCGUUGGUCAACCGCAAGAUUGGAAGUCUGGCUACAUUCCGACUCGUCAUUCUCUCGUACCCGAUUCUCUACUUGAUGGUUCCUUAUCUCACGCUCGUUCCGACAGCUCUGCGUAUGCCUUGCAUCUAUUUCGUGCUCAUCUGGAAGGUUACAGCACAAGCCCUUUCGUACCCGUCCCUGGCCAUCAUGUUGGCCAACGCAGCCCCUUCGAAGAAGGUCCUGGGCACUCUCAAUGGUGUGGCAGCCUCGUCGGCAAGCUUGUGCAGAGCAUUCGGUCCUACGCUCUCCGGACUGGUCCAAUCUUUAGGUCUUUCCGUGGGUGUGCUAGGUCUCCCCUGGUGGGCGAACAGCUUCGUUGCGAUCAUCGGCGCCAUUCUCAGCUUGCGUAUGGUAGAAGAAAAGCGUCAGUACUCAAAAGCCGAAGAAGCAAAUCUGGACUCGGAAAAUCUCCCAUUUCUGGACGCAGACGUACUAGAGAGCUCCGACGAAGAAUCCUGCCAUUGA